AUGCACAGUACAUCAGAAAAUGAAAUAGAUCUAUCCAUUUCUCAAAAAGAACAAGACAAUUUAGAGCAGACAUUGUUUAAUUUUAAUGGAAGUGUUACUAGCACAAAAAAGAAUGAUAAUGAGAUAGAAAACAACAAGAUGGACUAUACAGGACACGUGAAAGAUAGAAUAGAUUCAUCUAUUGAUGAUAUGAUUGAUUUUUCCGAUUUAGAAGCAAAGUACAAUGUUACAUUUGAACAAGAUUUCAGAUCAUUGAUUGUAGUGGAUGGAAUUCCUCAAGUUCCACAGGAAAAAAGAGAAGCACUUCUUAAAAUUUUAGAAAGGCAAUUUUCAAGUGUAGGGAAAAUCAAAGAUAAUGGAAUUUUUAUGCCUAUGGAAAACAAGAACGGCACCUUUUUUUCUAAAGGGUAUCUUUUUAUGGAAUAUGAAAAUCCACAACAAGCAGAUGUAGCGGUCAAAACAUUUAAUGGCAAAAAACUAGACAAAGCACAUACAUUUCUUGUGAACAAAUUUACAGAUAUUGAAACAGCCUUAAAUUUUGAUGAAGAAUAUAAAGAAACUCCAGAAGAAAAAACAUGUGAAGAUAAAAAUCUUCAAAGCUGGCUAAUUGACUCGAAAGCCAGAGACCAGUGGGUUAUGUAUAAAGGAGACGAUGUUGGUGUUUACUGGAACCAGAAAUCUGAAACUCCAGAACCAAUUAUUAAUCGCAUAAACUGGACAGAAACUUAUGUUCAAUGGUCUCCUCUCGGAACAUACCUAGCAUCGUUUCACCGUCCUGGAAUUCAACUUUGGGGUGGUGAGUCAUGGGGGAAAAUUGCACGCUUUCCUCAUCCUUCAGUCAAACUUAUAGACUUCAGUCCAUGCGAAAAGUACCUUGUAACAUGGUCAAAUGAUCCUAUUCCUUCUUAUCCUGAAGGUCAUCCAGGAAAACUUACUUUUGAAUCAGAAGAUGAAGGGAAAUGCAUUAUAAUAUGGGAUAUAAAAACGGGAACACUAUUAAAAUCCUUUAGUACAACAGCAUCAUCUAAUACAGAUACAGAUGAACAUCCUAGGAAAGUAACAUGGCCCAUAUAUAAAUGGUCAUCAGAUGACCGUUACUUUGCAAAAGUAACACCGGGACAACAAAUUUCAAUUUAUGAAACACCAAGCAUGACUCUUAUUGGGAAAAAAAGUAUAAAAAUAGAAGGUAUUGUUGAUUUUGAAUGGUCUCCUUCAAAGUUAGAUUACGAAAAAGAAAACCAAGAACAUUUGCUAUGUUACUGGACACCCGAAAUUAAUAAUCAACCCGCACGUACGGGCUUAUUGAGUAUUCCUUCUAAAAAAACAGUUAGAACAAAAAAUCUAUUUAAUGUUUCUGAUUGUAAACUUCAUUGGCAAUCGCAGGGCGAACUUUUAUGUGUAAAGGUAGAUCGACAUACAAAGACAAAAAAAUCAACAUUUACCAAUCUUGAAAUAUUUCGAAUUAAUGAAAAAAAUAUUCCAGUUGAAGUUAUUGAAAUUAAAGAUAUGGUCAUUAAUUUUGCAUGGGAGCCUAAUGGAGACCGCUUUGCCUUAAUUACAACAAACGACCCCAAUUUUAAUCAAGGACCAUUAAUCAAUACCAAAAAUUCACUAUCGUUUUAUUGUACAGAGAAAUCAAAAGGAUCUAGUGGGAACUUCAAAUUACUUAGAACUUUUGACAAAAAAACAUGCAAUGGCCUUUAUUGGGCACCACACGGUCGUUUUAUUCUAAUAGCAACCUUAGGAAAUGCUACUAGCUUUGACCUAGAAUUUUGGGACCUAAAUUAUGAAGGCGAAAAAAAAGAUUCAGAUAAAGAUCUAAAUGCUAAUUUACAACUAAUGGGAACGGCUGAACAUUACGGUGUAACAGAUAUUGAAUGGGACCCAUCAGGAAGAUAUGUAGUUACAAGUGCCUCUACUUGGCGUCAUAGAAUGGAAAAUGGCUAUUGUCUUUGGGAUUUUAAAGGUUUAUUACUACGUGAAGAACAUAUUGAAGGAUUUAAACAACUUUUAUGGCGUCCUCGUCCUCCAACACUCUUAUCAAAAGAGCAACAAAAAAAGAUUCGAAAAAAACUAAGAGAUUAUUCUCGCGAAUUUGAAGAAGAAGAUAUGCAAGAGCAAAGUACGGCCAAUAAAGAACUUAUUGCUUAUCGUAAACGGUUACUCGAAGAAUGGAAUACAUGGAGAAGCAAAGUGGUAGCUAAUUUAGAAAAAGAAAAGAAAAAACGUGGAAUCAUUACAGAUACGAAAGACGAAAAGAAAGAAAAAUAUAUAGAAAAAGUUAUUGAAAUUGUUAUAUCCGAAGAAAUAGAAGAAAUCAUUGACUAA